AUGGCUAUCGGCCGAUAUCUCUAUGCGAACACUGAAGCCAAGGGAACCCCGUCGGCCUUAGACAUAGAGCAACAAGGCUCUCACCAUUCGGACCCGAACGAGUCCAGGCCAGUGAAGUCUUUAGGCGCCGGAUCCGCUCUCGCCUUAGGCGCAUUUGGCACGACCUUGACGACACUGUCGUUGAGUCUGAUGGAAUGGCGUGGCGUGACCACGACCAACGUCUUUGUCGCAAACUUCUUCUUUAUUGCGGCCUUUGGCCUGGUGGUAACGGCCCAGUGGGAACUAUCCAUUGGAAAUGGGUUUGCCUACACUGUGUUCAGUGCAUUUGGACUCUUCUAUGCAGGGUAUGGAGCGAUUCUGACUCCCGCUUUCGGGAUCGAGCAAGCAUACGGUGGUGAUGUCGCGCAGUACAACAAUGCGCUCGGGUUCUUCAUGAUUCUUUGGACGGUCUUCGUGUUUACGUUUCUCAUUGCUUCCCUCCCCAGCAAUCUCGCCUAUAUUGCCGUGUUCUUCCUGGUGGACCUGGGGUUCUUGGCCGUGGCUGCCAGCUACUUUGCGGAGGCGGACGGACACUAUGCAGCUUCAUUUGCGCUGAAGAAGACCGGAGGGGCGUCGUGCUUUGUGGCGGGGUUAGUUGGGUGGUAUAUUGUGUUGCAUCUACUGUUGCAGGACUCGAUUGUGGAUCUGCCUCUGGGAGACACGUCACGAUAUUUUGGUAAGAAGAAGAAGAUGCAUUAG